AUGCAGGGGAAUAAGAAACACGCAGAAGGACAUAGUGAUUCCUCAAGUAUUGGGAGUCUCCUGGAUGAUGCAGACAGAGAGGUGAGCAGCCUCACAGAUCGGGCCUUCAAAAGUUUGUGUGUAGCAGAACUUGAAGACUCUUACAAUGAACCAGAACUUGCCAUUUCACCAGACUUUGCCCUCCAGUUGUCUGCUAAAAUUCACUCAGGGACGUUAAACCAUGACAUCAGGAAAAGCAAUGUUUGUGACAAGCUAACAGCAAGAAACAAUGAACAUACAAUAUGGGCUUCCACAUUCCAGCAGUUACCAAAGCGUGCUCCGGAGGAGAAAAGGAUUGCUAAUAAUAACACCUUUGCCACAGAAAGGAAAACACUGAGUUUGCCAGUCCCUGGCCCAACAAACAAUAAGCAUGUUUCAAAAGUGUCUUCAUUGAUUAAGACAUUUGAUAAGACUGCAGACCAAGGGUCAAGAAGUUCUCUGACAGCAAAUAAGCAGCCCAUAAAGAAUAGCUUUCAAAAACAUAAAAUAAAUCAUGGAAAUUAUAUUGCUUGCUGGGAUGAUACAGACACUUUAAGCAUCCACCAGGAACUCUCUGAAUUUUCUGAACCUGGUCAAGGUAGUCACUGUCUCAGUGGCAAACAUGAGCCACAGGAAAGACCUAAUAAAGUGGACAUGGGUUAUGGUGGCUCUGAUGGUUAUUAUCCUGUGCUGAUUGAGAUGUCAAAAGUAGCCAAGUCAAAUUUUUCCCGUUCUUCUAAAAAGGCUUUAAAAAACAGAAAUGUGAAAGUUAAUGAGCCAGCAAAAAAAGGUAAUUUUCUUCAUAGUGAGAAUAGUGCUUUUGAAUCAUGGAAUGUUCAUCAUAAAAAACUGACUGAAAAGGAGGAAUUUGUUGAUACAAAAAUGAAAAAGGAAGGUCUUUCAUACCUGGAAGAAGCACCAUUUAUUAAAGGAUCCCACACACAUGAACAUAAAUUGUCACCUGUCAUGACCACUGUUGCUAAGAAGCAAGAGAAAGAUUUUCAGAUUAAGCCAAUUCCACCAGAAACUGCCUUCCCUCUCCCAGCUGUAUAUGUACCUCAAGGUCCCCUCCCUUCAGAAAAUAAAUUUCCUGCUGCUUUUCCUCCCACACCUCCCCCUAGGAACCAUGCACAUCAAGGUCCCACUCAGUCACCCCCAGCAACUCAGGCACUUCCUCUUCCACCCCCCACCCAGGAAGGCCAUCCUGCAACCCCCCCUACCUCUGAAGCCCCUCCUGUGCCACCACCCCCACUGCCAGCUCGACUUUCCCCCACUGCCAUGUCCCAAGCCUCUGUCUCACCCCAGUCCGUGUCCUAUAGGAUGGUUUCACCCUCACUCACGUUCCAGGCACCCAGCCCACCUCCACCAAGACCCCAGCCCAUCUUAACUGAAGAGGAAUCCCCCAGCCCCCAACUGGGCAAUACCUGUCCACCCUGGAGAAGACAGAGGGUUGCAGAAGGGGCAGCAGAGAGGAGACAGGCUGCAAAGGAGAAGUUCACAGACAGACACAAGACAUGUUCUUUGUCUGAAAAGCCAACUGGUGCCGAACCUGGUCUGGAUGUGCCUCCUCUGGCUAAACAGGUAAACUCCCCUAGAUCAAUCAGUCCCUCUUUCAACAUCAUCGAACUCCUAACACCUGUCAUACCACCAAAACAGGAAGUGGACACUGUUGAAAGUGAGCUGAUCCCACUGACACCUCCUCCCUCUGAGAGCAUGGCAUCAAGAGACCAUGAGGAGAGCAGCUUGGGUGAUUACAGGUCUUGGGAUAGUUACAAAUUGACAGCAUCAAGCCUGUUAUUCAACUUGAAGGAUGUGCGUAAACGUGUUAAAAGCAUCUAUACCCCUUCUCCCCUUUUAAGGGCCUUGGAGGAGAAAAAUAAAACUAGGGAAAAUAUACAGGAGAGUACAAAAGUGAAUGCCUCACUCUCGACUUUGAAUGAAAAAAGUAACAAAAAUCUUACAGAGAAAGAUGAAUUGAGUGAUAUAGCUUCAGUAUUGUCUAGCUGUGUUCAGGAAAAGGACAAUAAAACUGACCCAACCGGACACUUUACAGACAAUUACCUGACUUCGAGGUCACCCCCGCCAACAGUAGACCUUUGCUUUUACCAAACCCGAGACAGCUUGGAGCAAGAUGAUUCAAAACAUGAAGAUCUGGUUAAAAACGCAAGGGAUAAUGAAAACUUCUCCUCGUUCAGACAUGAAUCAGAUGAACCUGAUUUAGGAAAACAUCUGCAGUAUCCAGCCCAGAGACCGUUCAGUAGAAACAAUGUGGACAAAACACCUGGGCAGCCCAUGCAAAAUCACAGUGCCCAGGAUGAGGGAGAUGAGAGACAAGCUGCUAUUCAGAAUGAAAAUUUUGCCUUCAAAACACUCCUAAACCAACUCUCACCAGUAGAAGAUGUACCUUACAGUGACACCCAAACCAACAUUGUGGUACCUGGCCAUGAAGCACAAUGCAAAAGAAGCACUAGUUCUUCGGAGCAAUCUUUUGUCUCCACAGUAGAGCAGCCACUUCAGGGGGAGCCAUUUCUACAAGUGCCCGUGAUGCAGACAGCAUGCCUUCAAGAAAGCCAGAGGAGUGAGAGUGAAAUGAGUGCAGAUAGUAAGAAAAGACUCAAGGAGAGAGGGAAAGAGGUUGGUGAAGAUGAACUGCAAUAUUGUGCUUGUAUCAGCCCUGGUAUUAGUGCUGCAGAAAAGAGGGAGGAAAAGGUUACUGGGAAUGAACAGAAGAGCUUAAUGAAAGAGCAAGUAGAGAGAGAGAAAAGGGAAGAGGCCAACAGCACAAAUUCUGCUUCCUACAGUAUAAGGGAUAUGUCAGUCCCCAGGUGUGAGGAACCACAAACACCAUCAUCUUCAAGCUCAACCAAACCCAGCCUGUUUAUGAUUAAAGAUAACACAUUCAGGUCACCUCAAGUAAUAAGGGCUGUCAAGCUGCCCCUAUUCAGGUCCUUUUCCCUGGACGAUACUGUUAGCAGUAGUUAUAAGGAAAUGGAACGUAGGUUUAUGCCCCCAGCAGUUUACAACAAGCAGAACCAAAACUUGUUGCAUGCCCAGGAGAUAGGCUGGUCGGCAUCAAGACACGGAGGUCAGCAGAAUGUGAGAGAUGGAGCAACUGACAGAGGGAAAGAAGCCAGUGAGCCUGAAUCUACUUCAGCAACACUGGUUCCCCAUCUUCUGGAAGGUACGGAGACCUUUUCAUUGGGGAAAUUGAUGGAAGAAGAUAGAAAGACUUUUGUUUUGUUAACUAAAGGUGGCAAAAUGAAUAAGGAAAGUGUCUGCAGAAAUAAGGAGAAGCCUCAGACUACAAAGGCAAGACACAGCUUAACACAGCCAACUAUAGGUCUGGAAAAUGACCAAGCACAAAACAGCCCCAGCUAUCCUGCAGAAAUUAAAAUGAACUACUUUAAGAAUCAUCAUUUAUCUAACCGCAAAGGUGGCUCUUGUGCGAAAAAAAUAAUCACUAGGGAGACAAUUUCCCCUGUGACUGGCCCCAUAUCAGAGGACCACACAUAUUCUUCUGUAUCCAAUGAUGCUUUAGAGGACAUCCUACAUACAGAAGGUGCACCAGUUUUGUUAGACAAUCUUAUAUGUUCUGCUGUUCCAAGCCCCAGGUCAGGCAGCACAAUGCCCUCUCUUGCUGCCAGUUCAUUGUCAGAUAAACCAACUAUUUCUGGACUUGGAGAGACAGAGGAUGUUAUAAACCCUGCCUUGCUGAACAUGGCACUAAGGAGGCAAGCUUAUAUGCCUGCAGAAGAGAUACCUGAUUCAGCACAGAAGAACCUGCUUCCUGAUGUUGCAGGCGAAGCUGUGAGGUUGGAGCCUGAGGGACUUGGUGAGAGACCAACAGGCAAGCCACCCACUGUGCCACCAAAAACAGAAAAAGCUCUGCGUCGGGCUAAAAAGCUGGCAAGCAGGAGAAAGAAAAUGCAAGAGCAGCAGAAAAAACAUCAGACUGAGCAUACAGAUGCUGUAGGGAGAAAUCCUUCUCAUUCUGGACAGACAAUAGCAUCUGCUUCACCCUUGGGACAUUCUCCCAUCCAUCCUCACCUUCACUCAAGUUUUACUCCCACAGAAACUAGUACUGGAAGACCUAGUGUUGCACCAGCAGUAAGCCCUUCACCCUCUUCAACCCAGCGUAAACUCCUCCAAGACCCUGACUCUGGUCAAUACUAUGUGGUUGAUUUACCAGCUGAAGUUAAUUUAAAGACAUUUUAUGACCCAGAAACUGGCAAAUAUGUUCAAGUCUCAAUCCCUUCCUUGGAACAGAAUUUAUACCAGUCCACCUCUUCAGAAAUUAACAAUUCUUCCUAUGCCUCCUAUCCUAGAGUGUUUCCUUUACCGGCUUCAUCAGUAGCAGUGCUGAAGUCACCUUCUCAGCUCUCUAAACCUACCUGGUCGAUGCCUGCUGUACCAGAACCAGCUGAACUACGUGAAGAUGCCCAGCAGGACUACAGAUACACUGAAUCUGUGGACACUCAGCCCUAUAUUGAACCAGCCCCUUACUCCUACAGUCAAGAUGCUGAAGAAAUUCAAGUUCACUUAGGAAAGGACAUGAGCACAACCCCAAAUACUGGCAUAGUGACCCUCACGGAUUUAGAUGAUUUUGCUGCUGAAGGAGUAUCUUGAAAACUGAAAUAACAAAA